UUAGUUUAAGCCAAAAUCUGGGCCGCUCUCUUGCUCUCCUCUCUCCAUCUUCAAGGAGCCCUCGAGAUCUAGUGCCAUGGCAGUGGGCGGGAGCGACCGCAACGAGCUCCGAUUCCUCGAAACCGCGCCGGAAUCCAUCGCUGCCUCCUGAAUCCGUCGCUGCCGAUCGGGAUUUCGUUCCCGAAUUCUUAAAUUUCGAACUCCAAAGCCUCGGUUCCGUCUCUUCCGACGAUUUCUAGGGCUUGUGGAGGGUACUUUGAGUUCUCUCGGUUUCCCGCAAUAGAUCUUGGGUUUCUUUUAUUUUUGUCUUCUUCCUUACGCGGCUUGGCAUUACAGCCAUCGCUGGAAUCUAGUGUUUCUGCGUCGAUCCUUGAUUCUUGGUUGCAGUUCUUGGGUUUCUGUGGACACUCUUGUUCAAAAGGUAAAAGUUGUUUCGUUUCUCCUCUCUGAUCUCGCCACCAUUAUCAAGAUCUUGGCGUUUAUUUCUAUUUCUAUUUUUUACGGUAAAAGUCUCAUCUUUUUUCCUUGAAUGGAAUACUAGACUAGGCUUUUUCCCUCAUCGAUCUGCCUUCCACUACCGGACUCUAGGUUUCCCCGUUUUUUUUUUUUUUUUUGUUUGUGGGGGGGGGGAGGUUUCAUUUCCUCAAAAUUUCUUCCUCCAUCUGAAUGUAAGUUCGAGCUUUGUUGUCGCGGUCAUUGGCUUUUUUCCUAUUAUGUCGCCUUAUUAAACAGGAUCUGGCUGGACCGGAAUCUUGGAUUCAAGCUCGGUGCUUGCAAGCUUGUACAUGCCCGUGAACUGGAUCUGAGCGGUCUCCUCCCAAUCCUGCCACUAUGUGGAAGCAAUUCCUUAGUAAAUUACCCCGGAGGUCUUCCAAAUCUGAUUCUGCUUGCGAUUCUGCACAUAACCACCCCGGCAGCAAUGCCUCCCCUUCUGGCAACUCAAUCCAGCGGGCGAGCAGUGGGAAUGCCGGCCCGGGCCGAUCAACCACUGUUAAGCGGAUGUCUUCUGCCGUCUUUCCAUCUAGUGUCGUUGCCGGGAUUGAGCCUCUCCUGUCAUUCAAAGAUGUCCCAAACGCCGAAAAGCAGAACCUUGUCAUCAGUAAGCUGAAUCUCUGCUCUGCUGUUUUUGAUUUCUCUGAUCCAAACAAGAACUCUGCUGAGAAAGAUAUGAAGCGGCAGACCCUAUUAGAUCUUGUCUAUUUCUUCAAUUCUGGGACCCCUCGGUUCACUGAGCCAAUGAUCUCUGCCAGUUGUAGGAUGUUUGCCAUUAAUUUAUUUAGGGUCUUUCCUCCAAAUUACCGAACCAACUCCUCGAGUGGUGGGGAGACUGAAGAAGAGGAGCCAAUAUUCGAUCCUGCUUGGUCCCAUCUGCAACUUGUGUAUGAAUUGCUUCUAAAAUUCAUUGCGUCCUCCUCCCUCGAUGCAAAGUUGGGGAAAAAGUAUAUAGAUCAUUCGUUUAUCUUGAGAUUGCUUGAACUCUUUGAUUCAGAGGAUCCAAGGGAAAGGGAUUGCUUGAAAACAAUAUUGCAUAGGAUUUAUGGCAAAUUCAUGGUCCAUCGUCCUUUCAUCCGUAAGGCAGUAAGCAAUAUAUUCUAUAGGUUUGUGUUCGAGACAGACCGGCAUAAUGGGAUUGCUGAGUUGCUGGAAGUUUUUGGGAGUGUGAUCACUGGAUUUGCGUUGCCUUUGAAGGAGGAGCACAAAAUUUUUCUCUGGAAAGUUCUAAUUCCUUUGCACAAACCAAAAUCAGUAGGUGUUUAUCUUCAACAGUUGACAUACUGUGUGACACAGUUCAUGGAGAAAGAGCCAAAGCUGGCGAGUUCGGUGAUAAGGGGGUUGUUGAAGUAUUGGCCUGUGACGAAUAGUCAGAAAGAGGUAAUGUUUUUGAGCGAGUUGGAAGAGGUUCUGGAAGCAACCAAUACGGUGGAAUUCCAAAAGUGUAUGGUCCCAUUGUUCCGGAGGAUUGGCUAUUGUGUCAACAGUUCGCACUUCCAGGUUGCUGAAAGGGCUCUAUUCUUUUGGAACAACGACCAUGUGAUUAGUCUGGUAGCACAAAACCGGCAAGCUAUUGUGCCCCUUAUCUUCCCAGCUUUAGAGAAGAACAGCCGGAGUCACUGGAAUCAAGCAGUCCUGAAUCUAACAAUGAAUGUUAGGAAGAUGCUCUCUGAAAUGGAUGAGGAGCUAUUUUUGGCUUGCCAAAGGAAGCUCGAGGAGGAGGAAGAGAGGAGAGAGGCAGUGGAGGAGAAAAGAAAGAUGACCUGGGAGCGUCUGGAGAGUGCUGCCGCCUUUCAGCCAGUGACUGGAAACACAGCCGUCCUGGUGAGACCUGUUAUGACCCCUCCAAUGGCUGCCACUCUUACAUAGUUAUGAUGUGGCACUGGCAAGGAGAGAUUAGGGUAGUUUAUAAUGCAUUCAAAGUGUUCGAGUAAGUUUUCCUUAUAUAUUUUUUGUAUUAUGGUGUUUUAUUGUAACUACGUGGGAAUCUUUUGCUGCUUUGAAAGCAAGGCAUGUUGUAAUAGUGUGGGCGCUUAUUAUCAGUAUUGAUGCAUGUUUGGCCAUUAGUAUGGUGCCAGAUGCGCAUAUUCCCAGCUUGUUGAGUUCUUUGAUCACCACUACUA